AUGCAUAACCACUACUUGGUGAACGGAACAGAUAUAGCUGGGUUCGAACCCUAUUCGGCAUCAAAGGGCAUCAUUAGAAUACUGGUAGCACUCCAGAAUGGUGGCUCAGAAGGAACAGGGUUGAUACCAAUUCUUGCCUUUGGUAAAAACAUUCUAGGACCAAAAAUCCCCGAUGCACUCUUACACUAUGCUGUGCUUGUUCAGAAUAACUUGACUGGAGGUUAUGCCACAUUGACAGAUGUUGUCCCGUGUGCUGUGUUUGCGGCAAUAUUUGGAAUCAUCAUGCUCUUGCAUUUGGCUAUUUUCAUUGUUAAUUGGUCCAGGGGACAUUAUUUCAUAUUGUCUUUGGUGUGGUCCAUCUGUAACCUGAUGAAGGUCGUCGCACUAGUGCUUCGUUUGCUUUGGGCAAAAGACAUCACCUUGUUCAGAAUAGCUUUAGUUGGUGAGGCUUUCCUCAUCUUUCCGUCUCUUAUCAUGUCGUCGUUAAAUUUGAAUUUGGGGCAAAGACUUUUUACGUGGAGACAUCCUGUCGGUGGGUCCAGACGUCUUUUCUGUGGCGUCAUGUUUGGUCUCUAUGGAUUUAUCUGUAUUAUCAUUGCCCUCACUAUCAUCUCGACGGUAUUUCCUUAUAUCCACUUCUUGUCCUCCAAAUGGUAUUGGACCCACAAACAAUUGGUUAAAUUCACGGCUAUUCUCAUUGUUGUCUAUCCCUUGACAACUGUUGCUUUGAUUGUCUUGUCUUGGUGGGCACCUACCAAGAAGGAUGAAAACUUUUACACUUACCAACCAUGGUGGAUUGAAAGUUUCCAUCCUUUCUACUUUGUUCCUAAGGGUGCCGCCCAAAAGGCAGAAGAGAGCUUCCUUAACAGAAACCACAACCAUCGCAAUGCUGUCAGAGUCAUUGCUGCUACCCAUCACCAUUAUAACGUGGUCGAAGGUUUGAACAACCUAAGGGGGGAUUUGGAGCAUAACACAUCGUUCAUUAUAGUUUUGAUCUCAACCAUCUUCUUCAUGACUCAGGCUAUCUUAAGAACUGUUGUUGUGUUCCUGGACAGAAUUAAUGCUUAUGCCAGUAGAGCUGACUCUCCCUUCGCCAUGUACUUUUGCUUCUUUGGUCUUGAAAUCGUGAUCAACAUCAUGUAUAUUGCUGGGAGAGCUGACCUCAGAUUCUACAGGCCAGAUGCUCUUGCCAAAGACAGUUCCGCCGUCACUGCAGAACAGUCAUAUAUUGUCAGCGAUAAUGAGCAGGAGGAGGAGGAGGAAGAAGACGACUUCGAUGACUACUUCACUGAUCAUGAAGACGAUGAAGAAGGCUCUGCUCGUGUCUACAGAUACCGUCUUGAGGAAAGCUCCGAUGACCAGUCUCUUGACUUUGGUUUACCUCCAACAUACGGAUACUCCAAAAGCAGUGAUGAGAAGAAAAUAAUAAGCAAGACGUCUGAGGAAGGAGCAGAACACUCCAGUGAUGAAGACUCUGAGUUCUACUUCUGA